AUGCGCGGGUCGUUCCGGGGCUCGCCGAGCCGCGCGGCGGUGCAGCGCGUGAUCGAUCGGCUCCACGGUCUCGCGCUCGGGGAUCGGGACAUCGCGCGGGACGACGGCGGCGGCGACGACGACGACGGGGAUGACGAAGCGCGCGGGAUCGCGUCCGCCGCGGGGAGCCCGUCGGCGGCUGCGACGACGUCGCCCACCUCGGCGCGUCUCGCCCAUGUACCCCCCGGUGCAGCGGUCGCGGCGCUCGCGGCCGCGUUCGAGGCCGGGGAGAGAUACGCGGACGUGAGAUCCGCGGUGGUGAGCGCGCUGCCGAGGGGCGAGGACGUCGCGGACUUCCUCGUCUCGUGCGUCGAGCACAUGGCCACGUCGUCGUCGGCACCGUCGUCGGUCGCCGCGCCGCUGACGCAGCUGUUGCUCGAGGCGCUGCAGCACUCGUGCGCGACGACCACCCCGCGGCGAGUCUUCGCGGCGACGGACGGAUCCGCCACGCGCGUGGAGUGCGCCGCGGCUCGAACGCGCGCGGCGAAACUCGUCGCUCGCGCCGUGUGCGUCGACGACGAUAACGUUAAAGACGACACAGCUGGCGGGAUCGGCCCGCCCACCGUGGACACAGCUGGCGGGAUCCCGCCCCCGGCGGAGGAUCCCGACCCCGACGCCGCCCGCCCCCUCACAGUGCGCCUCGAGCCGAGGGCGGUCGCCAGGCUUCUCACCGCCGUCGGCCUGGACAUGGACGACCUCACGGUGCACCACCCAAGUGCGGAGCGCGGUAUAGUCGCGUUCGUCGGCGCGUGUUUGGGCCGCGCGUCGACCGACCCGUCGAGCGCCGUCGCCGCCGCGGCCGUCGCCAAGCACUUCAGCCUCGCGCAGUUCGCGACGCCCUCCGCGCUGGACGCAUGGGAGGCGCAGGGGCACGGGCCAAUCGCCGACGGGAUCGCGGCGACGCUGACCGAGGCGCGAAGGCUAUCGUACGCGGCGUCCCUUAGGGACAAACACAUGAGCGCGACAAACGCCCACAACACGGGGGGCGUCGCAUCCCCGGCGGAUCGGGCCGAUCGACACUUCCGCCGGCUCGGUUUGCCGCCGGCGUUCCCGGAGGAGGAACGCGCGGGGCGGGAGGGCAGGCUGCGAAGGUUGGCGGCGGCGGGACGGUGGGACGUCGCGGAGCAGCUGGCGGGGGAGGACGUCCAAGCGAGGGCGCUCGUGCGGGGUUUGAGGGACGCGGCGGCGACGGUGGCGGCCGAGGCUAACGGAGCGGGAUGGAGCGAGUGGGCGGCUGGUCACGGGGCACUCGGCGGCGGCGGGGCGUCAACCGCCGCGGAGGUUGACCAGAGCUAUCUGCCGAGGCGCAUGCGGUAUCUACCCCUCGACCUACCCCGCGGCGCCGUUCGGUGGGCGGACGACGCUCGCUCGCUCGCGGCGUGCGUCGCGGCGCUCUCCCUCGACGCCGUGAUUGGAAUCGACUCGGAGUGGGUUCCGGAUGGUUCUUUUGGAGCCUCGGGUUCCAGUCGUCGCUCGGGAAAUUCAAAGGGAUCCUCGGGCGCGAGGAGAAGGCUCGAAUCCCCCACGGCGCUGUUGCAGCUCUCCGGGGAGCGUUGCGUCGCGCUCCUGGACGCGACGAAGCUGGGACGGGAGUGCCCCGGCGCGUUCGCGUCGGCUCUUCGCGGGAUCCUCUCCGAUGCGCGGGGGGGUUCCGAGUCGACGUCUCAAAACGACGUAAAAAGCGCUCGGCCGCCCGCGGUGGUCGGGUUUGGCGUCGCGGACGAUCUGCGUCGACUGGCGUGCUCGUACCCGGGCGAGGUGGCCGACGCCGUGCGUUCGAUCCCGAGGGUGCUGUGCCUGCAACGGGCGGCGAUCGACCGCGGUCACGGGUCGCAGCCCGGGCUGUCCUCGGUGUGCCAGGCUUUGCUCGGGCAGCCGCUGGACAAACGCGAGAGGUGCGGGGACUGGUCGAGGCGGCCGCUGACGGAGUCUCAGGUGGCGUACGGCGCGCAGGACGCGAGGGUUUUGCUACGUAUCAUGCCCGGCUUGCUGUUGGGAAAGAGCCGCGCGCGAGAGCCGUCCGCCCGGGCGGACGCCGCCGACCUCGCGUUCGAGCUCGCGAGACCGGCGGCUGAGUUUAUCGGGGACGUCGACGUCGCGACGGUUCGUAUCGCCAACCCUCCGUCGAUUCGCGUCACCGAGAACGACGGCGAUGACGACGCGGUCGCGCCGCUGACCCCGGCGGAUGUCGCGGCGGCGCUGGCGGAUCGGUUACCCAGCGCGGGGGGUGACCCGACGGUGAUCGAGCUCGGCGUCGAGACCGGUCCCGCAGCGAGCGACACCGCGUCAGCCCUGGGGGACGGGAUAGCCCCCGAUGCGGUGGUCAAGAGCAUGGGGGUGAUGGUCGCGGGGGACACGACGGUCGGCGGUCUGGAUCCGGUGGCGAGGGCGCUCGGCGCGUCGGGGGGAGACGGCGGCGGCGGCGGCGGGAGCGGGGGUUCAAACGGGGGUUCAAACGGGAGGAAGACGUGGGAGCCCGUCGUGGCGCUCCUGCGAGGCACCGACCGCGCGGACCUGCGCGCGAUCGCGUCCCACUUCGGCGUCGCGCGGCGGCACGCGCGGCUCGCCACGCCGGACGAGUGCGUCCGCGUCUUUGGCUUCCCGCCCGGGAGCAUGCCGCCGCUGGGCCACCGCGUGGAGUGCCCGACGCUGAUGGACUCGGCGCUGAUGGACUCGGCGCUCCGGGAGCACGCGGGCGGCUUCGUGUACCCCGGAGCGGGCGCGCCGCACCUGGUGUUCAGGUGCCUCCCCGCGGUCCUCGAGCGGGCCACUGCGGCCACCACGCUGCCCGUGGCGGAGUCGUCCGUCGCCAGGGAAGCCGCGAAGCGCGCGGCGGCGGCGGCGGCGGCGGCGGCGGCGUCGAGCUCGCGGGAUCCGUCCACCGCCUCAUUCGCCGAUGGUGGUUCCUUGGACUGGGGCCUGGGGGGCCCUUCCGCGACGUCUCACGAGGGAUCCGAGGAGCACGAGGAGCACGGCGAUGGCACGCGCGAGAGGCAGCGGCGGUUCGUCGCCGAUGGAUCCCUCGGCCGGCUCGCUCGUUGGCUCAGGUGCCUGGGGGUGGACGCCGAACACGUCCCGGUCCCCGCGCAGCGUCUGGGUAACAAGGGUAACAAUAAUAACUGUCAGUACGGCGCUCUGCUCGCGCUCGCGCAGAGGGACGACCGCGUCAUACUGACCAAGGACAGGCGCUUACUCCAACGUAAGGACGCGGUGGCGGCGUUUUUGGUGGAGGACGACGACCCGAAGCGGCAGCUCGCGAGGGUCAGCGCGCACUUCGGGCUCAGGUACAGGCGCGGGAAGUUGCUCACGCGGUGCGCCAGAUGCAACGGAGCGGUGGAGCGACGGUGCACCCCAGAGGAGGUGGCUGCCAACGGCGCCAUCCCGGCCAAGGUGAAGGCCUCGACGAAUGAGUUUUGGGCGUGCGGAAGGUGCGAGAAGGUGUACUGGGUCGGUCCAAAGUCGCACCUCGCGAUGUCGUUCAUCGACGCGGAGAUUGCGCCGACGGUGACGAGGGCACGCGACGAGGCAAAGUUGUUUGCGCGCAGUGGAAACACGCGGGAGCCGGAUGAGGAGGCGGUGCUGGAGGAGGCGCUGGGAGGUAAUCCGUGGCCGAGAAGAACCGGGCCGAACAGCCGCGAGGGGUAG